AUGACAAAGCUUGGCAAGUUAGACAUUACUGACAGCCGCAUGAAAUCUGUCGAGCAAGAAUUGAAGGAAAUGAAGCAUUCACUUGAGUUUGUCCAUGCCGAAGUUAGAGAGCUCAAGGAAGAAAAUGAAAAGCGUAAGAAGAGCGACGAUGAGACGCAGCAAAGACUACGAAAGCUAGAAGAAAUUAACACUGAUUUAAAUAAUCGCGUCAUUGACCUACAAGCAAGGUCAAUGCGCGAUAAUUUGAUUUUCUAUAACGUGCAAGAAAAUGACGAAGAAAACUCGACUGAGAUUGUUCACAGUCUAUUGGAAUCUCAUUUUAAAAUCCAAGAUGCGAAAUCCAUAAAGAUUGACCGUGCGCAUAGAAUGGGAAAGAAGCAGCGAGGUGCAACGAAGCCACGUACCAUUGUAGCGAAAUUCAAUUAUUUUCCAGACAAGGUGCGCAUAUUGGCCAAUGCGAAGAAUCUCAAGGGUACAAAUAUUGGGGUUUCCGAACAGUUCCCUCAAGAAAUUGUCUAG